AGUCCUGAUUCGGAGCAGAGUCCUUCGGGAAAACGGAAAAUACAUUCCCAAACAGUCUUUCCUGACCCGGAAAUAUUUUUUUAAUAAUCCAGAGGAUGGAUUUUUUAAGAAAACAAAAAGAAAGGUAGUGCCUCCUUCACCGAUGACAGAUCCUACCAUGUUGACAGAUAUGAUGAAGGGGAAUGUAACCAACGUUCUGCCUAUGAUCCUCAUUGGUGGUUGGAUCAACAUGACAUUUUCAGGAUUUGUCACAACAAAGGUCCCAUUUCCUCUGACGCUGCGUUUUAAACCAAUGUUGCAGCAGGGAAUUGAACUGCUCACUUUAGAUGCGUCCUGGGUGAGCUCUGCUUCCUGGUACUUCUUGAAUGUGUUUGGACUCAGAAGCAUUUAUACUCUCAUCCUGGGCCAAGAUAAUGCUGCAGAUCAGUCUAGGGUGAUGCAAGAACAAAUGACAGGGGCAGCAAUGGCCAUGCCAGCAGAUACCAACAAAGCAUUUAAGACGGAAUGGGAGGCUUUAGAAUUGACUGAUCAUCAAUGGGCCUUAGAAGAUGUAGAAGAGGAGCUCAUGGCAAAAGACCUCCAUUUUGAAGGCAUGUUUAAGGAAGAACUUCAGACCUCCAUCUUCUGAAUUUGAGAAUAUACUUUUGUCUCUUGUAAAAGUAAUUUGAAAAGAAAUCUGAUGCUUAAAACUAAAUGUAUUUUAGCAAGGCUGAGAAUAAAAGAAAACACCAUGUUUAGAA